GCUGGAGCGUCUCUCCCCGCAACUGUGGUUCCAGGUGUCUUGGAGGGUACAUCUGGCGCUACAGCGUACUCUCAUCCACUGGUAGCAGUACUGUACACAUUCGACGUUUACUAUUCGGUAGCCUUUCGAAGAGCAAGACAAAAUGUCAUCCAGUCGAAACUUAACAAGCUAUACGCCAUAGCGGUGCUAAAAUAGCACCAUGACUAUAGUGCGCAGCGAUGCAAUUGGGAGUGUCACCGGCUCUAAUGCUGCCUAAACUUGGUUGGGUACCCCCCGCUUGUGCACGGCUACAUUUUUCAUAUUGCGGUUACAAAUGGACAUAAAACGAAAUUCAAAGUCGGGCUACUCCAGAAUCGAGCAGUCACAGAACGAUGGGUAUCCCAUCACACCUUCAAAUGAUCAACUCUGCUGGCAGGCGGAUGCGGCGUGGCACCUUUAGCCGAUUUCAAGAGUUGCCAGUCGAGAUUAGGUUGAUGAUAUGGAAACUGCUCGUCGAUCCGAACCGUCUAAUCAGCGUGCAAAUCAAGGUUUUAUCAGAUGAUCCAAGUGAACCGACCAGAACGCCUAGCGAAAACUACACCUUGGACAUGGAACUGGGCCCAACACAGAGCGUUUUAUUGAGAGUCAAUAGAGAAUCGCGAUCUGUAGCUCUCAAAUUCUAUCGCGUUCACCUGCCUUUCAAUCGCGAAGCAAAAUUUGAGCCCUCAGGCUCCGUGAAGGUGCCAAUGAUGAAGCAGAUACUCUACUUCAAUCCAGAACAUGACACUCUCUGUUUCAGCUGCUAUGAUUGUAGCAACUGUUUUGCGUUUCCCAAGCUUUUGCAAGAUCUAUUCCACCACGAUCCUAACCAUGUCGGGCUUAUGAAUUGGGGCAUAGAUGGUCACUUUUUGUCUGGGCUUGACAAUGUCAUAGAAAAGUCAAAGGGUAGUGUACGGGAUACCUUGCUCCGUCACAUUUCGGGCAUUCAAAACAUAUACUUCAUGAGCAAUUGCAACCGCAAAGUCAUUGGCGCCCUUCAGUGUUAUCACGAGCGUCAUGUCGGCCUCAGGUUCAACCACUCGAUACCGAUCCGCCCACGAACGACCAUUUUUUACUUCGGCAAGCCAGAUCCGAGGGAUAUCAACCAGGACCUAAAGGCCAUACUUACAACCUUGAUCAACCCUCAACAGGCACGCAUAACAUGGCACGAGCUGCAGAAGAGAUGGCCGCUUGCGUUUGAUAAGCCCGCGGCCAACCAGCACUUGAUAGUAGCGAAUGACGUACGGGACCACGAUGUGGCUGUAAAUGAUUUACCCGCGGCGCGAAUGUUCCUGAAAAAUGAGGAUCAAGGCUGGAUAGACUUUCAAUAUAAAUGGCCGGCGCUAUUGCGCCUUACCUUAAAGAGGGGGCCGCCAGUGGAAGACGCUGACGAGCUUGCGAGAGCCGUGAAGCCUGCUUUUGGGUUCUGGUUAUUUCCUGCGCAUAUUCUCGGCGACGUAGAAGGCGAUUAUCGUCGCACUAGAAUAUUAGACUUAUCUAGCCAUCGCCCCGAUUUAGUAUUAGCUGAUCUUUCUUAAUAUAUUACCGCACAAAGUUUAAGGGACCUCCUCCGGCAAUUCUCGUUCGUACUUCUGUUCGUGGUCACAGUGUCGCGUGCU